UGUCUAUAUAUGGAAUUUAUUACUAUUGUAUGGUCCUGCGCUCUGUAAGUUCGUCUGUUUACCGGCAACCUUCCGUCGCUGUUGUUUUACGGUAGGACUCCCCUUUCCCUUCAAUUGGGAAGAAAUAUUCCAAAAGAAUUAUACCCUUCUAUAAAAUUCCUUUUCGCCGAUUACCCCACCUCCUUUACUUCUUCCCUGUAGAGUUGCGAUCCGGCUUUCAGCUUAGCUACCCUUUGACUGACAGAACCUUCAACUUUGAUACCUUCCUCUGAACUGUUUAGAGUUAAAGAACUACAGAAAAUGGCGUCAAUGGAGGGGAUGAUGCCAAUAACAAGAGCUUUCUUGGCUUCUUAUUAUGAUAAAUACCCAUUUACCCCUCUUUCCCAAGAUGUAUCUCGUCUUACUGACGAAAUUCAUUCUAUGGCUAAUGAUCUGCAGAAAGACUCUCCUGUAACAGAAGGAGAAAGUUCAUUGGUACUUGAAGCAGAGAGUCACCCUCCUCACAAAGUUGACCAGAAUUUGUGGAAGAACCGAGAACACCUUGAAGAAAUACUUUUCCUACUGGAAAGCUCCAAUUGGCCACCUGUGCUUCAAUUGCAGUCAGCCGCUGAAGAUGCUGAACUUGUUUCUGUUCUUGGACGGCUAGAAGAAAAAUUCCGAAGUACAUUGAAGAGUUUGGAGACUUUCCAAUCAAAGAAUUCCGAGUCUGUAUUCAACACUGUGAUGACCUACAUGCCACAAGACUUUCGUGGUACACUAAUAAGGCAACAGAGGGAGCGUUCUGAGAGAAAUAAGCAGGCUGAAGUUGAUUCUCUAAUCAAUUCCGGUGGAAGUAUUCGUGAUCAAUAUGCUCUGCUAUGGCAUCAACAAAUGGAACGGAGACGGCAACUGGCUCAACUGGGUUCUGCUACAGGUGUCUAUAAGACACUAGUGAAGUAUUUAGUUGGAGUGCCUCAGGUUCUGUUGGAUUUUGUUCAGAAAAUAAAUGAUGAUGAUGGGCCAAUGGAAGAGCAGCGACAACGUUAUGGUCCACCUUUGUACAACCUCACAAAAAUGGUGCUCAACAUUCGACUUUUUCUUUCUCUGCUAUGGCGACGCUUUGAAGCUGGAAAACUGUCAAGGAAUCAAAUUACGGUCUUGGAAGAAGCAGUAGAUGUCUACACUUCUGAGUUCCAAAGAUUCAUCAAAUUCAUUCGUGAGGUAUUUGCAAAUUCUCCGUUCUUUAUUACUGCAGAAGAAGCUGGUGCAUUAGAAGCCAGAAAAAGUGAUGAGUACAAGGAAGUGACUGUUCCAGCAGGAAAAACUCAUGAGGUUUCAUUGACAGUCGAUGCCAUUAAUUCAUACAUUGCGUGGGAUUUCUCUUUGGUUCAAGGCAGAGUGGAUAUGGACAUUGGCUUUAGUAUGGAGUAUACAAAUCCUUCCGGACAGAAGACGCAAAUCUUACCUUAUCGACGAUUUGGAGCUGACCAAGGAAACUUCUGUACAUGCCUGUCUGGAAACUACAAACUCAUAUGGGAUAACUCCUAUUCUACAUUUUUCAAGAAGGUCUUGCGAUACAAGGUGGACUGUAUACCUCCAGUUGUAGAACCAGAGCUUUCAUCUGAUCAAGUAGAUGAAUGAACAGACAUUCGUUCAGAUUUGUUACUGCUGCUAUUUGCUUAUGAUGACACAUUGUCUCAUUUAUUUGUAUACACGGCUGUUUUUUGUUUGUUUGAAUUGUAAAAAUCCAUUCUAUGCCUCUUAGUCCCAAUCUCAUGCUGUAACCACCUGUUGUAUUGAUUAGUACCCGGAUCUUGACGAAGUUUAAGCAUUGUUGACUGUCAUUAUACUUCUUACGUUGACCUUAGAUUUAGUUCCA